AUGCAUCAACCUUACAGUCUCCUUUCAACUUUUUUGAUUCUCUUGGUGCUAAUUCCAUCUCUCUUUGCUUAUUCAAUUCCAAAUUCAAAAUACAAUAAACGAAAUAAUCGUCGUGACUUAAACAAUAAUGCUCGAGAUAACGAUUUUAGGAGUAUUUCUAAAAAGAAAAGAUAUGCUGGUCCAAACAUGAACAAUCUUCAUCGUGCACGAUUAUCUAGACGGUUUAUAUCACCAAUUGUAGAUACUGCAAUGUUAGGUCCUGGUUGUGGGCCAUGUGACAGUUGUGGAGGUUUUGUCGAUGUUUGUGACGAUGCACCUCUCUUAAUACCCGGUUGCGGUGGAUGUGGCGACUGUGGUGGAUGUGGUGGAUGUGAUCUUCCACAUGUUAUAUCUCAUAAUCAAGCAGGUUCAAAUGAUUUUGAAGGUGCAUAUGAAAGUGGUCAUGAAUUACAAUGUUGUGAUGAAUCUUGCGGUCAAACGUGUUGUGAAGGUUGUAAUGAGUGUGAUUUUAAUAUGAUCCUUUAA